UAUUAACAUACUAAUUAUUCAAUAAAUUACAAAAAUAAUGGAGCAGACAAGGACUGCGACCGCGGCAAGCUCAAUCACAACCCUCGAUCUACGGCUCGCCUCUGGCUCUUCCUCUUCCCCAAGGGGGAAAUGGAUAAUUCGCGAGAAGCGGUUUCAAUUGGAUCGUAAUCGUGUUCUUAUCCCCACAAAUCCCAUCGGAGUUCACAAUUCAGAUUUGAUAAUGACGGCUACCGUCGACCCCGACAAUGAUGAAGCACAAGGCAGAUGAUAAGCCAUUUCAUCUAAUCUCCGUCGUCGGGAAAUCUCUCAUUCUCUCGUUCAUCCUGUCCUUCCUCUACAUCGGCCUCUACGUCGCCUUCUACGACCCAAGAGCGGCGGCAUCACCCCCAUCGUUGCCUUGUACCGCCUCCUCUCCUCCAUCGCCCGCAACGCUGCUACCACUGCCGACCACCGCUGGGACCCUAAUAAUUCCCCGACCAACCUCUCCCACAUUCUCUUCGCCCUCAGUGGUCCCUGAACCGCACUCGCGGCUUCGUGUGGCUGGAGGACGUCCAAAGUCCCGAUGCCUCCCCCCGCUCUGAACUCUUCCCUAACCCACUUCUCCUACCCCGAAUGGAUGUGGUUCGGGUUCUCUAGCUCCACACCCGCCGGAUGGGUGACGAAGGCACCGUCUUCUUAUCGGAUAAUCUGGUCGCCCUGCUGUCGAACUACUACCACAAGUCCACAACGAGAUGUUGUAUAUCGGGGGGAACUCCAAGAGCGUGGAGCAGGCGAUGAUAGACCGAUAAUUAAAUUUUUUAAUUUAU